AAGGUACCAAUUUUAUGGGAUGGCAUUUGCCAUCACGCAUUCAUCCUUUGCAUUCUACGUGCCAUGUCAUAAAUUGUUGCGAUACUCUACUUUUAAAACAUGGCACACCCAAUUAUGUUGACUCUCCCAAAUACACUUACGAAGUUUCACCAUUCAACAUGAAUGACCAUUCCAUUGUUUUUUUUUUCGAAUACGGGUCACAAUGGACCAUCCAAAGGUUAAGUUGCAAGUGUAUGGUCAAGACACAAUGAUAUCUCUAUUCUAUCUACGAGGAACGAAUAACAGGGUGUUAGUUGUUUCACCAGGAAGCAAUACCUACUUUUACGCAUCUACAACUCCCUCAAUAUACAAUUUAGACGCUCAAAUCCGAACUUAUAAGGAGUACACAGAUAUGGAAAUCUACACAGACAUAGUGGAAACAGUUGGAACCGAAAAUAUGGAUUCGAGCGCAAAAUUAAACGAGCUGGCUGAAUUUGUUCAAGACCAAAAUAAUGAAGAUCGAGUCGAGGAAGAACAGGAUAUACCUAUGCCGAUCCAAAUGUUGCCCCGAGAGACGAAUACAGAUCACUGUGAUGUAAUUGGAAAUACAUAUGGGAACACUCGAUUAACGAUCCGGGAAACUCGUCUGAUUGGGGAUAAUCAUAUCAGUAAGCUGUGUGAUACCGAUGGCGGUAUUACAGGAUACACAGUCGAUAUCGAGAUUCUAGGCAUAUAUGCCAUUCACCUCGAUAAGCUUGAUGAUAAUCAUACCGCCUCCAAAAAAAAAAAGCUAGAGAACCCCAAGACAAAGAUUUUACCAUAUCAUUCUCAAUAG